CCUUAUCCGCCAUGGCCCACCCGGGCGACGGGGGAAACCCCUUCGCCGAGCCCCCGGACCUGGACAACCCUUUCCAGGACCCGGCGGUCACCCAGCACCGGCCGUCCCCCCCGCCCCAGUAUGCUACGCUGGACGUCUACAACCCCUUCGACAGCCACGAGGCCCCGCCGCCCCCGUCCGCACCCCCGGCGCCGGCCAAACUGCCCCCCGCCGCGGCCCCUCCGGCCCCCCGCCGGCCCAGCCCCACAGACCCCAAGAACUACGGAUCCUACGGCACCCAGGCAGCGGCGGCGGUGGCCACGGCGGACCUACUGAGGCAGCAAGAGGAGCUGAACCGCAAGGCCGAGGAGCUGGACCGGCGAGAGCAGGAGCUCCGCCAUGCCGAGGCCUUGGGGGGAGCCUCACCCCCCCGGCGGAACAACUGGCCCCCGCUGCCCGCCUUCUGUCCCGUGCAGCCCUGCUUCUUCCAGGACAUCGCCGUGGAGAUCCCCCAGGAGUUCCAGCGCGUAGUGACCGCCAUGUACUACCUCUGGCUGUGCAGCACCGCCUCCCUCCUCCUCAACUUCGUGGCCUCCUUGGCCUGGUUCUGCGUGAGCACCGACAGGGGCUCGGACUUUGGCCUGGCCCUCCUCUGGGCCCUCAUCUUCACCCCCUGUUCCUUCGUCUGCUGGUACCGGCCCAUGUACAAGGCCUUCAGGAGUGACAGUUCCUUCAAUUUCUUCGUCUUCUUCUUCGUUUUCUUCGUUCAGGACGCGGUGUACGUGCUCCAGGCCAUCGGCAUCCCCGGCUGGGGCUUCAGCGGCUGGGUCUCGGCGCUGAUGGUGUUGAAGAGCAACCCGCCGGUGGCCGUCCUGGCGCUCCCCGUCGCCCUGCUGUUCACGGGCAUCGCUGUGCUGGGCAUCGUCCUGCUCAAACGGAUCCACUCCCUGUACCGGCGCACGGGGGCCAGCUUCCAGAAGGCCCAGGAGGAGUUCGCCGCCGGCGUCUUCGCCAACCCCGCCGUGCGCACCGCCGCCGCCUCCGCCGCCUUCCGGGGACCCUGACCGCCCCCCCGGGACCCCCCGGGACCCCCGGGCGCCCACCCGGACCGACCCCCGGGCCCUCCCGCCUGACGCCCCCAGCCCCUGCCCCGUGCCAAGCCGGGCUCUGCGGUUAUUUAAAUAAAGGAAACACGACUGGAUCGGAGGAGGAUGCCGCCUCGUUGCGGGGGGCGUCGCGGGGGGCCGGAGGAAGCCCUUAAUUAUAACAAUAAU